AUGGCUCGCGCAGACCGUGUCGUUGGCUCUACGCGUCGCUCAGGACGCAUACAAGACCUGGACCUCAACACGAACCGCCCUCCUCGCCGUCGCAAACCCUCAUCUCUCCCCCUCACUCAACACGCUCGCCUCCCGCCGACACUCCCGCUCGAGCUCGUCAAGGAGAUUCUCGAGGUCCUGUACGACGCAGGAGGGCAUGCCGGGACGCUAGCCGCCUGCUGCGCGGCGUCGCGGGCGUUUGCGAACGUCGCAAAGCCGAUUCUCUGGCGGACGGUCGUCGUAGAAUGCCAAAACGCCGUCAAUCCGUACAUGGAGGACUACGAGUCGCAGGCGCACCUGCCAUGGUUCUCAGCCGAGAGUUGGGAUCUCGCGGAGCGGACGCGGCGGCAAUUGCGACUUCUCGCGGACAACGUCGAACUCGGCGCCUUCGUCCGGCACUUCACCAUGGCGGAUCCGAACGGCGUCGACAGGGUCAAUACUGCACUGCUGUGGCCCCACGACAUCGCCCUACUGCAAGACGCACUCCUGCGCCUCCAAGCUGUCGAAACCGUCCGCAUCGGCGCCAUUUUCAGCCGGGAUGGCUACGACCUGCGCUUGCCAGCACGUAACCCGCACCUCCAUACCUUGCGCCUACCAACACUUCCAAUCGGCUCUGGCUUCACCGACUGCUUCCCCAAGCUCCGACACCUCUACAUCGACGAUUGCAUCUGCCCACAAGACUUGCGACCUACCGCACCUCCCGUUACGACUCUUACGAUCCGCCAAGGCAUCUACGAUAUCGACGGGAUUCUUGGCUCGUUCGACCGGACGCUCACCCGCCUCGAGCUCGACUGCGUCACGUAUGGGUCCUCUACCGCGGAAUUCCUGUCGAGCUUCGCACUGCGCAUGUGCAGCGAGCUCACACACAUCACGGUCGUCCUUCGCGGUGGCGAUGACUUACACCAGCGGGUCGAGAACGAGGAGAUGGAGCGGAAGAGGUUCUACAGCCCGUGCUUGGCCCCGUCAAUCCGCGACAUCGCCGACCUCCCGGUCAUCCUCCGCUUCCUCAGCCACCUCCCUCGCUGUCAGCAAGUCACACUGGCUCUCAAGCUGCCGCAGUUGGCGGAUCCACGCCUGCGCGAGAAGCACAACGCGUUGUGGGCGGACGUUUUACGGGAGAUGCGCGCCGACGGGUCGUGGGACGAGUUGCUGCCCGUCACGGUCAGGGAUCCCAACACCUCUCCCGCGCCUUUACCCCUCAUCGACUCGCCGCCUUCUCGGCCGCCCACACUCCCGCUCGAGCUCGUCGAGGGGAUUCUGGAGAUCCUGUACGACGAAGGAGGGAACGCCGAUGCGCUGGCCGCCUGCUGCGCGGCGUCGCGGGCGUUUGCGCGUUUGGCGCGACCCAUCGUCUGGCGGACGAUCGUCGCCGAGUGCCGCAACGUCCUCGAGCCGUACCAGAGCGAGUACAAGCACGAAGCGGCGUCGACGUCGUACUCCUCGGCAUGCUGGGACCUGGAGGAACGGACGAGGCGGCAGUUGCGGACCCUCGCAGCGGACCCCGAACUGUGCGCUCUCGUCCGCACCUUCGUUGUCACGCCGCCAAACGGCGUCGAGAGGACAUAUCCGGCGAUGAUGUGGCCUACCGACUUCGCCCUCGUUCACAGCGCGCUCGUACGCCUCCCCGCCGUCGAAACCGUCGUGACCUGCAACAUCCGCGACCCCAACCACUACACGCUCGAUCUGCCGGCAUCGAACCCUCGCCUGCACACCUUGAGUACGCACAACAUCCUGUUCAACGAGAACCUCUUCAAAUCCGCGCCAAACCUCCGCGACUUGAGACUGCAGGAUGUCGAAUGCCACAUGCUGCUGCGCAAAGACUCGACACCCCGAAUCACAAGUCUUGUCAUUGGCAGCUGCAACUCCUACGCCGGCAACCUCGUCAUGUCCCUCAGGGGCACCCUUACGCACCUCAAGAUCGACUGCCACUUGACCGACACCGGUCCCGACGACUGGCUGCCUACGCUCACAUUCUCGAUGCUUUCCAAGCUCAAGGCCGUGACUUUCGUCCUGCGCAACUUUGCAACCACUCGCAACGAGGCCGCAUGGACGGGCGACCACCGCACGCUUGAGGCGGAUAUAGUGCGAGACUCGACUGCCACCGUCACCCACAUCCUCGAGAUUGUCCGCUACCUACCUCGUCCACAACAAGUCGCCCUCUCGUUUGCCUUGCCGCCGCUCGCCAAUCCGAGACAGCGCGAAGAGGAUGGCGAGUUCUGGCAGCAUAUCGUGCAAGACUUGCGGGCUCACGGCGUGUUGGACGAGCUGAUUCCGAAUACGGUCAAGGAGGUUGAUUGGAGCGGCGUGUUUGGGAAGGACUAG